AUGAUGUAAGAAUUCAUGCAAGUCCCUUUAUUAAGGACAGAGUAUUUUUAAUUAAGUGGCAGCAUAAAUGAAGAGAUUGAAUAUACCCAUAAUCUUAUGGUUUUUAUUCACCUAAAAAAUAUUCUUCUGCUUAUUCCUUUCCUUCUCGAGAAGCUAUAACAUAACAUCCUUAAGCUACAACUUUUAAAAUAAAUUAAUUCUGUAAUCUAUUUAAGAGUAAAAAAAAUAAGUGAUUCAAAUUAGUCUAUUAGAAUAAUUUUAAGAUCCUAACUAACUUUAUGUCUAUUCUAAAUUCCUCACCAAUUCCUUCUAAUUCAACAUUCUAAUCAAAUAAAUAUGAAAUUUUAUUUUCUGACAGAUAUCGAAUAAAAUUUAGAUAAUUUUAUAACUGCUUUUUCAAUAUGUCUCCUCUUAUUCUUCCAAAGUUGUAAUGAAUUUUAUAAGCUAUAAUUGAACUCUACAUUUAUUUAGGAGCUCUCAAGAUUGAUUGCCCUUAAUAUCCAAUUUAAAUGUAAUUUUUUCUUUAUAUCAAAAGAAUACUACGACCAGGAUAAUUUAGUAUUAGAAUUGCGGUUAAUUAUUGCUAUUUUAUUAAGUAACUCAAAAGCUUUAGCUUUGGUUGGACUUAAAUGA